AUGAUGGGAAAAAUCUCAGCCCUACUAUCUUUAGCUCAUACGAGGUGGCAACUAACCCUCUCAAGGAUGCCCUACUAUCAGACAUGCAUCAGCAUGUCGGCAGCGCCAACUUAUUUUCCAGCCUAUUAUUUUAAAAAUACUGAUGAAGAAGGGAAGGAACAAGAAUUCAAGCUUAUCGACGGUGGUGUGGAUGCUAAUAAUCCGACUUUGGUUGCGAUUAGCGAAGUGACCAAGCAAGUGUUCAAGGAGAACCCAGACUUCUUCCCAAUCAAGCCCAUGGACUAUGGUCGCUUCUUAGUAAUCUCAAUUGGGACAGGCUCUGCAAAGAAUGAAUACGAGUACAAUUCUCAAAAGGCUUCCAAGUGGGGAAUUUUAAACUGGCACUUCAUUCAGAAAAUAACUAUCUUCGAAUCCAAGGAUGACACCUUAAACGGGACCCUAUCCUCUGUGGACGUAUCUACAAAAGAGAAUAUGCAAAAUCUUGAGAAAGUUGGUGAAGAGCUCUUGAAGAAGAAUGUUUCUCGUUUCAAUGUGGACACCGGCAAAUACGAACCAGUUAAAAAUGGUGGAACCAACGUGGAAGCUCUCAAAAAGAUUGCAAAAAAACUUUCAGAUGAAAUAAAACUCCGGGAGUCGAAAUAUAUUGAUGCUCAUCAAAAACUUUAAAUGAGUUGGGGUUAUUGCUUCAUCUAUAAAUUCGAGUUGUUCUUUAUAGUUUUAUGGUAGACGGAACUUGGUUGUGGUCUAGAGGUCUUUGUUUGCUAUGAUUUCAAAAUCCCAAAUUUUCAUGUGAAUUUUAUGUAAUUUUUUCCCUGGACUUUUGGCAUUUUUCUAUUUGGC